CGGGAAAGCUCGACCAAUAAGAUCAUGGAAAGGAAUCCUGCUGUCAGUAACUAGGCGUGGACAACAGAGAGCACGGCUAGGAGCGGAAAGCGAUAGAUAAAUCAGUCCGCUCUCAGGAAGCAGUUUCUGCGGCCUAACGGAACUAUGGAUUUCUAACGGAAAGGUUUCUGUCCGGAGCUUGCUAUCUGCUUCCGUUACAGAGCGGAAGUGUGGUUCGCCAGAGGACGACCCUUGGAGGAAUUUACUCUCGGCUGUACACUCGGCAGGAAUCAUGUCGAGUUUGGCGGUCAGAGACCCGGCCAUGGAUCGAUCCCUGCGUUCGGUGUUCGUGGGGAACAUUCCGUAUGAGGCGACGGAGGAGCAGUUAAAGGACAUUUUCUCGGAGGUUGGUUCAGUUGUCAGUUUCCGUCUCGUCUACGAUAGAGAGACAGGAAAGCCCAAGGGUUAUGGCUUCUGCGAGUACCAAGACCAGGAGACUGCGCUCAGUGCCAUGCGGAACCUCAAUGGGCGAGAGUUUAGUGGGAGAGCGCUUCGGGUAGACAAUGCUGCCAGUGAAAAGAACAAGGAGGAGUUAAAGAGCUUAGGCCCGGCAGCCCCCAUCAUUGACUCACCCUAUGGGGACCCUAUUGAUCCCGAAGAUGCUCCAGAAUCGAUUACUAGAGCAGUCGCCAGCCUGCCCCCGGAGCAGAUGUUUGAGCUGAUGAAGCAAAUGAAGUUGUGUGUCCAGAACAGUCACCAGGAAGCUCGAAACAUGCUACUUCAGAACCCACAGUUGGCAUAUGCUCUGCUGCAGGCACAAGUGGUGAUGAGAAUCAUGGAUCCAGAGAUUGCACUGAAAAUUUUGCAUCGUAAGAUACAUGUCACACCACUGAUCCCGGGCAAGUCUCAGCCUGUACCUGGCCCUGGCCCUGGUGGGCCUGGCCCUAGCGGGCCUGGCGGGCCUGCUGGCCCCGGCCCUGCCCCUGGCCUCUGCCCGGGACCUAACGUUAUGUUGAACCAACAGAAUCCUUCUGCCCCUCAGCCUCAACAUUUGCCAAGAAGACCUGUGAAGGACAUUCCUCCUCUGAUGCAGACCUCUAUCCAGGGAGGACUUCCAGCUCCGGGGCAAAUACCAGCUGCAGUUCCUGGGCCUGGACCUGGUUCCUUAACUCCGGGAGGAGCAAUGCAGCCACAAGUUGGCAUGCCUGUGGUUGGUCCAGUGCCCUUAGAGCGAGGACAGAUGCAGAUAUCAGAUCCUAGACCGCCAAUGCCUCGUGGACCCAUGCCUUCUGGUGGCAUACCUCCUCGAGGACUACUGGGAGAUGCUCCGAAUGACCCACGUGGAGGGACUUUGCUCUCAGUGACUGGAGAAGUAGAGCCCAGGGGUUAUUUGGGACCACCCCAUCAGGGUCCUCCAAUGCAUCAUGGUCAUGACAACCGCGGCCCUGCUUCACAUGAUAUGAGAGGAGGACCAUUAGCAGCAGAUCCCAGAAUGCUAAUUGGCGAGCCCAGAGGUCCCAUGAUAGAUCAAAGAGGUCUACCUAUGGAUGGGAGAGGAGGUAGAGAAUCUCGAGGGAUGGAGACUCGGCCCAUGGAAACUGAGGUCUUGGAGCCACGAGGAAUGGAGAGAAGAAUGGAGACCUGUGCAAUGGAAACCAGAGGGAUGGAAGCAAGAGGCUUGGAUGCAAGAGGACUAGAGAUGAGGGGCCCUGGCCCUAGUUCCAGAGGUCCAAUGACUGGUGGAAUCCAGGGUCCUGGCCCCAUUAAUAUGGGGGCAGGUGGCCCUCAGGGACCUAGACAGGUUCCAAACAUUGCAGGAGUGGGAAAUCCUGGAGGUGCCAUGCAGGGGGCAGGUAUGCAAGGAGCAGGAAUGCAGGGAGCAGGUAUGCAAGGAGCAGGAAUGCAGGGAGCAGGCAUGCAAGGAGGAGGGUUGCAGGGAGCUGGCAUGCAAGGAGGGAUGCAGGGAGCUGGCAUGCAAGGAGGGAUGCAGGGAGCAGGCAUGCAAGGAGGGAUGCAGGGAGCUGGCAUGCAAGGAGGGAUGCAGGGAGCAGGUAUGCAAGGAGCCAGUAAGCAAGGUGGAGGCCAGCCUAGCAGUUUUAGCCCUGGGCAGAGCCAGGUAACUCCACAAGAUGAGGAAAAAGCAGCUUUGAUCAUGCAGGUCCUCCAGCUGACUGCAGAGCAGAUCGCCAUGCUGCCUCCCGAGCAAAGGCAGAGUAUUUUGAUUUUAAAGGAACAGAUCCAGAAAUCCACUGGUGCUUCUUGAGUGGCUUUCAACUAAGAAGUACCUGGUUAUAUUCCUUCAAAGUUUAUUCUGUGGCAUGAAGUGGUGCAAAAAGCUGUCUUCUGUGUUCGCACACUUUAACCAUUUAAGGCUUCCUUCUACCUAGACCUUAGUCUUAUUUCUAGUCUUGUCACUUUCUGCUUUCCUUUUUAUUUUUCGAUAAAGGGUUCACUUUGUCACUGUUGCUCUACUAGGUACCCUGAAAAUAACUACAUCAUACCAAAUAAGGCUAUGAGGAACAUUCAGCAGUAAUAACAUGUCUGCACUUUGUUAACUGUGUUUUAAAAAUACUGAGUAGACUGGGAACUACAUAAAAGUUGAAAGUGGCUUGUUAAGUAUUGAUAUACUAAGGUAGUUUAAAGUUUUUUGGUUGUAUAUUGAACUGAAUGUCAGAAUGUUAAGAUACACUUUUUGGUAAACCAAAAUACUAUAUUUUGGAGGCAGGAGAGUGCCGUAGUAAGGUUAAUGUUUAGUUAUUUUGGAAUUACUUUGAAAUCUUGGAACAUCUGUGGUGUAGAUGUGAGGUUUUUUUGUUUAAGCACUGUUAUCUGUUAAAAGAUAGUUUUCAUUUAUUUGACUUUUUUGAGACCAUUAAUAUUCUUGCCUGGUUCCAGCUGCAGGAAAGUUAUAGUGUCAGCUGAAUUACAUAAAGCUUCCUCUGCGGAGACUCAAGUGAUCUCCUAAUAUAUUUCUCUAAAAAAAGUUUUUAAGCCCCAAGUCUGGUUGUAAGUAUUUUUUUUUCACGUCAUCUAAAAGAAGCAGUUAGACAUGGGUUGGACUUUCUUGAGUAAUGGAGUUUUUUUUCUGUAAAGUUCCCAGAUUCUUGAUCAACGACUAUCCGUACACAGAUGGGAUCCAUUUGGUCAGCAGGAAUUAGAAGUUAAAAAAUCUUGGUCUUUGCAUUUUGACGUGUCUUAUAGUUUGAUAACUUUCACAAAGUACUUUUCUGUCAUCAGCUAAAACUGAGGCCCAGGUGGACUGAUCGCUCUGCUCAGUCAACUUAGUAUUUUAUUUCUUACAACUCACAACAGCCAUUUGGUCAUAACACAAGUUCCUAUGAGAUGUGUUUUAAAAUAAGGAAUGUGGAACUUAAUACAUUUCCUUUAGAGCUACCAUAUUAUUUUUUGACAUUAAGUGUAUACACCUAGACACCGUGUCUUAUCUAGUUAAUGAGCAGAAAUAAGCACAAACUCCCACUUGACCAAGUGACUUUCCUCUGUAGGAAAAUAACUACCCAGCUACAGAGGGAAGAGUAGCCUUAGGGAGAGAGCUCACUCGGGUUAUUUUCCCCUUGCAAAGUUCAAGCAUUUUAAGUGUACAAAGUUUUCAUUCCUAGGCUGUUUUCCAUCGAUUUAGGUUUUUGUGCUAGUGUUAAACUUACUAUGGUUUCCUCUGCCUCUCCUGUGCUGAAGUGGGUCUAUGCUUUGUACCUUUGUGCUAGUUCUGGCUAAUUCUAAUUGCUUGCUUCUUUCAAAAUUGUGGUUGCUAGCCCAAAACUUCUUACAGUCUUUGUUAUAAGAAAACCUUUGCAUUGUUUAAUGAAACUUAAAUAAAAAGGUUGUAAAGUUAAGGUA